UAUAUUACGACAAACGAAUAUAGCCAAUCAGCGACGACGUGUAGAUAAUAACUCGCGCGAAGUUUCAAUUACCCAUACGUCAUUUCCGUCCGGGCGCGAGAACUCAAUUGUCUAUAGUUGUUCGUAAGAAAAAUUUUAUUGUAUAAAAUGAGGAUUAUACCUUAUUUGUAUGAUCUACAGACUGGCAGCAGAAAUAAAGAAUCCAUCAACUUGAAUUUUUUACUCAAAAGAUUGACCUGUGAACCCGAUGACAUGUUUGUUUUAGAUGGAGAGGAAUAUGAUGUUCCUCCAUUUGCUGCAAAAUUCUGUUCAGUUCCUGGACGCAGAAAUAUAUUGGCCCUUUCGAGUGAAGAUGGAGACGUACUUCUAAUGAAUACCAAUUACAAAGCGAACAAAAGUCUCAUUAAACGUUGGAAAGCACACAAUAAUGCAAUUUUUGAUUUAUGUUGGCUGAAUGAUGAAUACAAGAUAAUAACAGCAUCAGGUGAUCAGCAAGCCAUCCUGUGGAAUCCAGAUACGGAAACAAAAUUAGGUGUUUUUAAAGGCCACAGCAGUAGUAUUAAAUGUGUGUCUUGUCAACCCAAUAGUAAAGAUACAUUUGCAACUGCAUCAAGAGACGGAAAUAUUAUGAUAUGGGAUAUUAGGUGCAAUAAAAAUCAAGAAGAUAAUACUUUUCAACCUGUUAUAACAAUUAGAGAUGCUCACAAUGCUGCAUCUCUACUUCCGGGAACUCCAAAGCAUCGUGGAAAGAAAGGAGUGUAUAAUUUAAGUGGUAAUCCUUUGAAUAGUGUGACAUCAAUAACGUUUCAAAAUGAAAAUUUACUGUUCUCGGCUGGAACUGCAGAUGCAGUUAUCAAAGUAUGGGAUUUAAGAAAAAACUAUUGUAAUACUAAAAAAGAAGCUUUACCAUUUAAGAAGUUUCCUUAUAAAGGAGUUAGCACAAAAGCUCAUGGAUAUACAAGUUUAGUUUUCAAUGAAAACCAUACUUUACUUUAUGCAAGUUGUACUGAUAGUGUCAUUUAUUCAUAUAAUUGUCAUUCGUACAACCCAUUACCAUUGGCCACUUAUUUUGGACAUAAAACUUCAACAUUUUUUGUAAAAAUGGCCAUAAAUGGAGAUGGUAAAUAUUUAUUAAGUGGAUCAAGCGAUAAUAAAGCAUAUAUAUGGAAGAUAUCAAAACCAGGAAGGCCUUUUGCUCAGUUGAUUGGGCAUCAGGCUGAAGUUACAGCUGUUGCUUGGAGUUCAAAUGAUUUUACUAAAAUUGUUACAUGUAGUGAUGAUGUCCAUGUAUUUUUUUGGGAUAUAAAAGAUAAUAUGGAUGAUGAAAAAGAAGUUUUGGGUCUCACAGAAGUAGUUCAGUCUAAGCAGUCACAUGUUUUAAAAAGUAUUGAAAAUAAUGACAGUGCUACUUCAGUCUGUUUGUCUCCUGCAACUUCACCUCCCAUUUCUUCAUCCACAUCACCUCCAUACACAGUGAGUGCUGUUAAAAUAUUUCCAGAAAUUACACGUUGGUUUAGACCUAGUGGAGGCUCCUUCCUAAAUUCCCUUCCUUCAAUAGAACGUAAAAAACUAAGUCAAACUAAUCAUUCUUCGCACAGAAAAAGGAGAUAUUCAGAAAUUACACCUAAUAAAGAAACUGAAAAUUCUAAGCAAAUUUCUCAAAAUUUAAUCCUUCCUCCAGAUGAAAGCAGGGUACUAAUACCCAAAAAACAAGAAAAUAGUAAUACUAAUAAUAUAAAGCCAUCUGCAAAUGCGAGAAGAAGUCUUGACAUGAACAGUUCCCAAGAGGUCAAUGGAAAUGCAUCAUUAAUUAACAAUUUAUUUACUCAAAGUAACAUAGAAAGAAAUAAAAACUGUUUGGAAGAAAAUGUGGAAAAUAAAUUGGCAAAAGUUAAUAAAGAUAAACACAUUAAGGUGCUGAAUUCCAAACAGUUUGGAUUGAUAACCAAUUACUUUUCUACAGUAUCAUCUGAUCACACAAAUUAAUUCUAUGUCAUAUUUAUAUACUGUAAAAUAAAAUUUUUAAUUUACAAUUAAUAA